AUGAUGACGUACCUGAAAGUAAUGAUCGUACGGAACAUACUUUGUGUAUCCCUGGUGAUCCUUUCCCUGUCCUUGAUUCAAGAAGUGUCUUCUGAAGAUUUAUCAAGCUGUACAGGGAGAUGUGGGGAAGGGUAUUCUAGAGAGCAUGACUGCCACUGUGAUUUUAACUGUCAACACUACAUGGAGUGCUGCCCUGACUUCAGGAAAGUCUGCACAGUGGCGGUCUCCUGCAGAGGACGUUGCUUUGAAGCCUUUGAAAGAGGACGAGAGUGUGACUGCGACGCAGACUGUGAGAGGUAUGGCAAAUGUUGCCCAGACUACGUGAAACACUGUAAAGAGGCACACACAGUAAAGCCAUCACCUAAGACUCCUCCGGCAAACAAAUUGACAUCUAAAAGGUCAUCCAAAAAUGAGGAAAAGAAGCCAGAGGAAGUAACACAGCCCCAUGAAGUUAUGGAAGACUCUCCCACCACCCUCAAACCUGAAGACACAACCCCUGCAGCCACAGAAGCACCAACAACCAAAGAAGACCCUCCCACCACCCCUAAGGUAGAGGAUACAACCCCAGAGGCACCAACACCCAAGGCAGACUCUCCUACCACCCCCAAACCUGAAGACACGACCCCUGAAGCCACAGAGGCACCAAUGACCGAGGCAGAUUCUCCCACGACUCCUAAGGUUGAAGAUAUGACUCCUGAGGCUACAGAGGAACCAAUGACUGAAGCAGAUGCUCCCACCACUCCCAAAGUGGAAGACACAACACCAGAGGCCACAGAGGCACCAACAACCAAGGCUGACUCUCCCACCACUCCCAAACCUGAAGACACAACCCCAGAGGCCACAGAGGCACCAACACCCAAGGCUGACUCUCCCACCACUCCCAAACCUGAAGACACAACCCCAGAGGCACCAACAACCAAGGCUGACUCUCCCACCACUCCCAAACCUGAAGACACAACCCCAGAGGCCACAGAGGCACCAACACCCAAGGCUGACUCUCCCACCACUCCCAAACCUGAAGACACAACCCCAGAGGCACCAACAACCAAGGCUGACUCUCCCACCACUCCCAAACCUGAAGACACAACCCCAGAGGCCACAGAGGCACCAAUGACAGAGGCAGACUUUCCCACUACACCUAAGGUUGAAGAAAUGACACCUGAGGCUACAGAAGAACCAAUGACUGAAGCAGAUGCUCCCACCACUCCCAAACCUGAAGACACAACCCCAGAGGCCACAGAGGCACCAACACCCAAGGCCGACUCUCCCACCACUCCCAAACCUGAAGACACAACCCCAGAGGCCACAGAGGCACCAACAACCAAGGCUGACUCUCCCACCACUCCCAAACCUGAAGACACAACCCCAGAGGCCACAGAGGCACCAACACCCAAGGCUGACUCUCCCACCACUCCCAAACCUGAAGACACAACCCCAGAGGCACCAACAACCAAGGCUGACUCUCCCACCACUCCCAAACCUGAAGACACAACCCCAGAGGCCACAGAGGCACCAACACCCAAGGCUGACUCUCCCACCACUCCCAAACCUGAAGACACAACCCCAGAGGCACCAACAACCAAGGCUGACUCUCCCACCACUCCCAAACCUGAAGACACAACCCCAGAGGCCACAGAGGCACCAAUGACAGAGGCAGACUUUCCCACUACACCUAAGGUUGAAGAAAUGACACCUGAGGCUACAGAAGAACCAAUGACUGAAGCAGAUGCUCCCACCACUCCCAAACCUGAAGACACAACCCCAGAGGCCACAGAGGCACCAACAACCAAGGCUGACUCUCCCACCACUCCCAAAGCUGAAGACACAACCCCAAAGGCCACAGAGGCACCAACGACAGUGGCAGACUCCCCGAUGACUCCUAAGGCUGAAGAUAUGACUCCUGAGCCCACAGAGGAACCAACGACUGAAGCAGAUGCUCCCACCACUCCCAAAGCGGAAGACAGAACCCUAGAGGCCACAGAGGCACCAACACCCAAGGCUGACUCUCCCACCACCCCCAAACCUGAAGAUACAACCCCUGAAGCCACAGAGGCACCAACAACAGUGGCAGACUCUCCCACCACUCCCAAACCUGAAGACACAACCCCAGAGGCCACAGAGGCACCAAUGACAGAGGCAGACUUUCCCACUACACCUAAGGUUGAAGAAAUGACACCUGAGGCUACAGAAGAACCAAUGACUGAAGCAGAUGCUCCCACCACUCCCAAACCUGAAGACACAACCCCAGAGGCCACAGAGGCACCAACACCCAAGGCCGACUCUCCCACCACUCCCAAACCUGAAGACACAACCCCAGAGGCCACAGAGGCACCAACACCCAAGGCUGACUCUCCCACCACUCCCAAACCUGAAGACACAACCCCAGAGGCCACAGAGGCACCAACACCCAAGGCUGACUCUCCCACCACUCCCAAACCUGAAGACACAACCCCAGAGGCCACAGAGGCACCAACACCCAAGGCUGACUCUCCCACCACCCCCAAACCUGAAGACACAACCCCAGAGGCACCAACAACCAAGGCUGACUCUCCCACCACUCCCAAACCUGAAGACACAACCCCAGAGGCACCAACACCCAAGGCUGACUCUCCCACCACUCCCAAACCCGAAGACACAACCCCAGAGGCACCAACAACCAAGGCUGACUCUCCCACCACUCCCAAACCUGAAGACACAACCCCAGAGGCCACAGAGGCACCAACACCCAAGGCUGACUCUCCCACCACUCCCAAACCUGAAGACACAACCCCAGAGGCACCAACAACCAAGGCUGACUCUCCCACCACUCCCAAAGCUGAAGACACAACCCCAGAGGCACCAACAACCAAGGCUGACUCUCCCACCACUCCCAAACCUGAAGACACAACCCCAGAGGCACCAACACCCAAGGCUGACUCUCCCACCACUCCCAAACCUGAAGACACAACCCCAGAGGCCACAGAGGCACCAACAACCAAGGCUGACUCUCCCACCACUCCCAAACCUGACGACACAACCCCAGAGGCACCAACACCCAAGGCUGACUCUCCCACCACUCCCAAACCCGAAGACACAACCCCAGAGGCACCAACAACCAAGGCUGACUCUCCCACCACUCCCAAACCUGAAGACACAACCCCAGAGGCCACAGAGGCACCAACACCCAAGGCUGACUCUCCCACCACUCCCAAACCCGAAGACACAACCCCAGAGGCACCAACACCCAAGGCUGACUCUCCCACCACUCCCAAACCUGAAGACACAACCCCAGAGGCACCAACAACCAAGGCAGACUCUCCCACCACUCCCAAACCUGAAGACACAACCCCAGAGGCACCAACAACUAAGGCCGACUCUCCCACCACUCCCAAACCUGAAGACACAACCCCAGAGGCACCAACAACCAAGGCCGACUCUCCCACCACCCCCAAACCUGAAGACACAACCCCAGAGGCACCAACAACCAAGGCCGACUCUCCCACCACUCCCAAACCGGAAGAUACAACCCCAGAGGCACCAACAACCAAGGCCGACUCUCCCACCACUCCCAAACCCAAAGACACAACCCCAGAGGCACCAACACCCAAGGCCGACUCUCCCACCACUCCCAAACCUGAAGACACAACCCCAGAGGUACCAACAACCAAAGCCGACUCUCCCACCACUCCCAAACCUGAAGACACAACCCCAGAGGCACCAACAACCAAGGCUGACUCUCCCACCACCCCUAAAGUGGUGGAGGCAGAGUCAGACCCUCCCACCACCCCUAAGGUCAAGGGGAAGACCCCUGCAGUCACUGAGGCUGACACCACCGCCGUACAGAAGACAACACCUACUGAAGUGACAACUACUGUCCCUGGAUUAGUAACAACUGCUAAAAGAGACACAAGCACCCAGAGCGGUGAGGUGGUCCCAACAACUAGGAAUGAAACCCCCGUACCUGAAGCAGACGCAAUGGUUUCAGAAACAAUAGCAGAAGCAAUGACAACUCCUGCACCCAGCACAGCUGCAAAAGACACAACGGCAGCAGUACAAAGGACGGUGGUACCUGCAGCUGGGGCUACUGAGAUCGUAACAAUAACUGACAAAAAAGACAAACCGACAGCUAAGGCUGUUCCCACUCCUGGAACCAAAGGGCCAACAAUUAAAAUAGAAACAACCACAGUGAUCAAAGAGAGAACAACACCCAAGAAAGACAGAACUACUGUGCUUAAAGACAUUUUAACAUCACCAAGUAGGAAAGACACAACUACUGUAACUAUGGUGACAACAGCUAAACUGGGUGACUCUCCUAAAGGGAAGGACGAUAUUCCAGACACGACUCCUGCAGCCAAGCUAGCCGUCACUGCAGCAGCUGAAUCGGAACCAACUACUGUGGGCAAAAAUACUGCGACAGCAGCUGCGGACAAAGCAGUAACCCCAGCUAAGCAAGACAAGACCCCCAUGCCAAAAGAGACUUUAACGACUAAGAAGGAAGAGAGCCCAGCGGGAACAGCGACUGUAGUAACAACAGCAGCUACAACUCCCAUGGCCAAGCCCACUCCUAAACCCAGGGUGAUUGUAACAACCACCAAAAGAGACACAACUACGGAAACUAAGCAGACUGUAACAGCAUCAGCCAAAGAGAGCACAAGUACUACUUGUGUUGUUGUAGAGACAACAACAGCUGGCAGAAAAGAGGUAACGACCAAAAAAACUAGUGUCACACCUGAAAAAGAAAUGGAAGAUGCCACCGAAAAGGCCCCCAUUAUUGACACAGUAGAGGAAACCACAGUUACCAAAGAGACCUCCACAAGAGAUAAGAAAGACACAAUAGAAGAAAUGUUUAUUGUUUCUAAAGGGACGUCCAAGCCAACUAUACAUUUCCAGGAGGUUACCGACACAAGAGAUGAGCCUCAGCCAGCCGACCCUGAAACUCUGCCAGCAGAAGAGCCCGAGAUAAACAACAAGCCUUUAAUACAGAUUGCGGACUUGCCGAGUUUAACUGGAGAAACACAAGCGAAGAAGGACGAGAAGGACCUGUGCAGCGGGAAGCCGGCGGACGGCAUGGUGGCCCUGCCAAACGGCACCCUGGCCGUCUUCCGAGGUCACUACUACUGGCUGCUGAACGGCAGGAACCCGCCGACGACCAGCCCCCGCCGGAUCAGCGACGGCUGGGGCAUCCCGUCCCCCAUCGACUCCGUCUUCUCCCGGUGCAACUGCGACGGCAAGACCUUCUUCAUCAAGGGUCCCCUGUACUGGCGUUUCACUAACGGCGUAAUGGACAGAGGUUAUCCCAAACCUCUCGCAAACGGAUUUGCAGGGCUAAGUGGGAAAAUAGUAGCAACCCUCCCUGUGGCAAGAUACAACAGCAGACCAGAAUCCGUUUAUUUUAUCAAAAGAGAUGGCAACAUGCAGCAGUACGUGUACAGACAAGAACCAGCCAAGAAGUGUCAGAGAAGAACCCAGGUUACCGUAAGAUACCCAGCAUAUGUCCCGAGACUUGUAAUAAGGAGACGCUUCCAACGUGCAGUAAGAACGCCAACCGUCAUUCAGACUGUCAGAAUGAACCCAUAUCCAUCUGGAGUUUUGCGUAAGGAAAUCAAAGUGACAGCCUACUGGAGAGGGCUCCCGAAAGUAAUUCAUUCAACUAUAUCACUGCCCAACUACAAUAAGCCAGACGGCUACGAUUAUUAUGCCUUCUCUUACAAUCGGUACUACAGUUUGGAUAUUGGCAAAAGAAUAGCAAGACCUGUUACCGCUCUCACAGGCAAGACGGUAUCCAAAGACUGGUACAACUGUCCUAGCAAGUGAUGCACAGCAGAGGAUGUUAACAAAAGAUGCCAUUUGAAUAUUGACAUUUUGUCUAAUUUUAUUAAUAAAGACACUGAAAUGUGUGCACACAAAUCUAAGUAAAAAAUGCUGCUUUAAGCUCUGGCUUCAUUACACUAAAGCAACCACAGGCAAACUGGCAUUUUUGUAUACACAGCUGUAAUGACUUCACAGAUCAUUUAACUAAUAUUUCCUCUGUUCAGGCCGCCUCUGCCUCCCAUUGCAUGAGUUACACCUGUGUUGGGAAAGAAAACAAAUGCAUUAAUAGAAAUCCUUUUCACCCUUUUAAUCAACCAUGGGUACAUGUGAUACUUCAUCCCUCCAUAAGGAAUUGCUACUGCAGCGGAGCAGCUCCUUUCUGGUAAAAUUCAAGCUCCCCCUUCCUCGCCUAGAGCCUGGCAAUACGGAUACAUCCUACUUCUGUCAUUUCAAAGGACGGUGUUGACUUGUGAUCCCAUCUCAGGCCCUGCACCAAAAGAACAACUAUAGCACUCUUGCCAUAGUUGAAAUCGGUUAGUCCUUCCCAUUUGCUGUUAAAGAAUAAGACAGAUUUUCCUCCUAGUCUAGGUGCACCUCCUCACUUUUUGAUUUUUCUUUAAAAUACCAGAUACCUAGGUUUCAAUGCUACUAUCAAGUCUUCUCCAAUGUUAAAAUAAUGCCAAGCUGAAUAUAAUUCAUCUAAGGAUUUUGUUAAUACCUAAGUUGCAAACAAUAAUUUAUUGUCAUGGUUUAACUCUACACUGCAUUACAAAAAUCUGUAAGACCGCCAUAAACUUUUUUUAAAAAAAAUCAGUGUAGGACAUAGUGAGAUAAUAACUGGAAUCCCUACGUACCAAAUGGGAAACAUAUGUAAUGUUGAAAACAAAGAUCAUUUUUUAAGAUCUCCUUUUAAAAAUUUGCACAGUUGAAGAUCUACUGCACUUUACUUUCUCUCCAUUGAUAAGAACCAAGUGCCACGUAAGAAGGAAGUUUGCCUAAAAACCGCUUGGACUAACAUAGCAAAAGGCAUUACAGAGCUCUUAGGGUAACACACUGAAAGCUAGGGCAGGGAUGCUCUGCUAUUUAAUGCCUUACAAGCAAACACGGGCGUAUAAAGUAGUACUUCACAUAUGGUCCCCACAGGAAGAACGUGCUAAAAACUUCUUUUGAAGAGUCUGAAUCUGAGCAAUCACGAACACUUACCCCUCUGUCUGUUGAACUGACGACCACGAACACCAGUUCUCAGUGUCGGGGGCUGAAGUCUGACACGCCGAAAUGGCUUGGGCUGAUUACUGCUUGUGUCUGUGAAAAAGUGGAAAUGCAGGAAAGAAUGUCUGUGUCUAGUACAGUUGCUCACGGUUAAUGUUUACAUGAUUUGAUACGCAUUAUGCUCUUGAAUUUACUUUAACGUUAUGAAGGUGCAUCCUUAUUUCAUUGACAUCUUCUCUGAUAUAAAUAAAAGCCUCAAAACAA